AUGGCACCCAAAUUCCUGACUGGCGACAAGGCAGGCAUUGAGGAGUUCCUCGACAAGUUCGAUGUCUUUCUAUUCGACUGCGAUGGCGUCCUGUGGUCAGGCGAUCAUCUUUUCGAGGGCACCAAGGAGACCAUCGAGAUGCUCAGAAGCAAAGGCAAGCAAUUGGUCUUUGUGACCAACAACAGCACAAAGUCGCGUGCAGACUACAAGAAGAAGUUUGACAGCAUGGACAUUCCUUGCAAAGUGGAAGAAGUCUUCGGCUCUGCCUACAGUGCAGCCAUCUACAUUGCGCGCAUUCUCAAGCUCGAGGCGCCCAAGAACAAGGUCUUCGUUCUCGGAGAAUCGGGCAUCGAGGCCGAGCUGGCGUCUGAGAAUGUCCCAUACUGCGGCGGUACCGAUCCCAACCUUCGUCGCGAAAUGAAGCCAGAAGACUUCACCAACAUUGCUAACGGUAGUGCUCUCGAUCCUGACGUCGGGGUUGUGUUGGCCGGUCUCGACUUCAACGUCAACUACCUGAAGCUGAGCAUGGCAUACCACUACCUCCGCAGAGGAGCCGUCUUCCUGGCCACAAACACCGACUCGACUCUACCCAACUCACACACUCUCUUCCCUGGUGCUGGAUCAGUGGGUGCUCCUCUGGUCAAGGCAUGGGGCAAGGAGCCUCUAGCACUGGGCAAGCCUAGUCAAGCUAUGAUGGAUGCGGUCGAGGGCAAAUUCCAAUUCGACCGCAGUCGUGUUUGCAUGAUUGGAGACCGUCUCAAUACAGACAUCCAAUUCGGUAUCGAGGGCAAGCUUGGAGGUACAUUGGCCGUCCUGACUGGUGUGAGCAAGAAGGAGGAGUUCCUGGCGGAGGACGCUCCUGUGGUUCCAUCGGCCUAUGUCAACAAGCUCGGUGACCUCUUGGGUUAG